UUGAAUGAUGCUAAAUGUUGUUGAAUGAUACUGAAUAAUGUUCAAUGAUGCUGAACGAUUCUGAGUGAUACUGAAUGACGCUGAAUGAUAUUGAAUGACGCUGAAUGAUACUAAUGAAUGUGACGACCCGAGUACCUGUAUUGGCGGUACAUGUACAAACACUAUUGGUAAUUUCAGAUGUACCUGUGCUGAAGGUUAUAAUAAGCAGGGAAAUGCUUGUAAAGGUAAGGAUGGAUGCACAUAGAUACAAAACAAUACAGACUACUCAAUAUUACUGCACUGAGUAUAUUAUGUAGCCCUGGUAUUAGUUAGUUCAGCGCUUCACCCCCUGCGGAGCAUAGGUCAUCGAUGAUUCCUCUCGGACUCACGCGAUUCUUGGCCCUUUGUUCCAAGUCUGUCCAACGAAGUCCUUGCUCCUUCUAGUCCCAGAAGUCAUUUUUGGCGUCUCCGCUCCAGCCUUUUCGCGAUGUCGACCUCUACUUCUCUUUCCCUGCGCAUUCCAGGUGCCUGACGUAUAGGUAGCCGGCAUGCAAGACGGUUUAUAUAUCUGGACGGAUAACAGAAUCGUGCAGUUGGUAACCAUACCGAUCAAACUGUCGGGACAUGAAACACCAAAAGAUGUGAUGUAGAUCGAGUGGAAGUCUUUGAAGAAACAAAUUCAUGAUCACUUGCAUCUAUCGAAACUCAAACACAUACGAAAUAAAUCAUUUUCUCACUCACACGAAUGAAAGAGCAAAAUUUAUUACAAGUCUUCAACUGUCAAAAAUCAGAACUUUAUUGAAAAUGUCUUUUAUAAAAGGCAGUUGCCACGUGGCACAGUAUUUCGAUAAAAUUGCACUGCUUUUAGCCAAUCAGAAUUGAGUAAUAUUUCCGAUUUUUGGGCGUUUAUAACCAUGGUACUAACGAUGUGCUGCUGUUUUGGUCCUGGAACUAUCAAUGAGUUGAGAUUUUGAUAUAAAUGUGUUUGCUUUCUAGAUAUUGACGAGUGUAUGCAACCGAAUAUUUGUCCAGCUAACGCAAAUUGUAACAACUUUCCUGGAUUAUACAAUUGUGUGUGCCACCCAGGAUAUGGAGGCGCUGCUUGCAAUGGUACAGUUCAUUAAUUCUCGUUUUAAUGAAAACUAUUAUGUUAUGUAGUCGGCACCAUGGGGGGUUAGAACACCCAGAAAGAAUCUCACAUCUUCCCAGCAACACGUGUUCACAACAAACCUCUAGCAAGAUUUUCAACAAGUUGUAACGAUGUUGUGUUAAUCAAGUUGCUACAAAUUUGUCACAGUUGCAACGUGUUAUAACAAGAUAUUGAAAGGUGGGAUGAUAACAAGUUAUUGGGACAAUUUGUAAUAAGUCAGUUCAUUCAUCGACCCUGUAGUAAUUAAGUCUGCUGCAGCCUAUAACAGUUCCUAAACAUGAGGUUGGGGACACUUAGUGCGAAAGUAAUCUGAUGUACGCUAACAUUAAAAUAUAUAUUUCCCUAACAGUAAUUCAAGGAGUAGGCGCUUUUUUACUAAGUGGAAAAGUGUUGCACGUGGCUGUCAACUUUAAAAGGAAAGACAGUUCUCAGAGUGACUGAAUUAUGCACUAUAUUAUAGACCUUGUGUGAGGUAACAAUGGCAACAUAAUUAAAGCGGCAGCAUUAUUUUCUUGUGUAUCAACUGUCAGUAUAUUUGAAGUUGACGUCCAUGCGUGUGUUCACCAAAUAAAACACGAAACAUUCACACACCUAUUCGUGGACUCUGUUGAUUCGUAUUGACCUUGCAAUACCUAUCAUCAGAAAGUAAUGGCCAUGGUAACAGCUCAAAUGGUUUACUAAUACACAGAUACAUACAGUCGAAAUGUGAACAAUUGAAAAUUUGAAGGGUAUAAAUGGGUUAUUGUGCGCUGAAAACACAACAAAAAGUGAACUUUACUUUUUUACCUGUUUCAGAUAUCAACGAGUGCCUGGAAAACACGGAUAAUUGUCAUGACAAUGCCACGUGUUCAAAUAAUGAAGGAAGUUUCGACUGCCAGUGUAUCCAAGGUUACACAGGUGAUGGUACAAAUUGUGAAUGUAAGUAGACAGAAAUAUUUGCUCUCUUAUUGGCGCCAUUUUGCAACAUUAAAGUGCUUAUGUUACAAAAAAAAUUUUUUGUAUUUGGUAGAGGACAAAAAGUUAGUUAAUAGGUUCUUUAACAUUUUUCGGUUUUCUCUUUUCAUUCGCGAGAUACGAGGCUCUAAACCUUGAAAAAUUGGCUUUUAGCGAAAAAUUGUCGCGCCCGAGAAAAAACCGGAAAAGGGUCUGGGUCGAGAGCUGUGUGACGUAGCUUAAGGGACGGAAGUUCGAAUUCACAUGCGAAGGAGUACUAAAAAGCUAUUGGGAAGACAUAUGUGUUCCAGCACUCAUGGUUCUCAAUGUGACUCAGAAUACAGUUAUAUUGCUAGGUAUAUUAUACAGGAUGAAUCAAAUUAUACUAGUCACGAAAUUGGAACUCUAGAAGCAGUUGAUAGCGAAAUUUUAGGCAAUUAUGAUGCAUAUUGUCUGUAUGCCGAUGAGCCGCUAGCGAGCCAAGAAUGCUACACGCGAUAAAAGCUACGCGCGAUAUUUAAAACUAUGCGGAACACAAGGAACAAAACGAGAUGCUAGAACGAAGAUUAGACGGCCUUGAAGAUAUUAAAUCAUGGUGAGCGUAAAUAUAGAUUUAUUUAACAUUUUACGAAGCUUGGUGCUGUCAGGAGAUGGAAUCUUGUAGGGAUGUUCUGAAGGAUAACUUCGUUUUAGAAGAUGUACCACAGCCGCCGUGCUGUAUCACUCUACACUCGGGAUUCAGAUUAAAUAGACGUGAUCACAGAUAAACACUGUAGCUUCAAACAAGAAUAUAUUCUGAACCAGUCUGUUUAUAUUUUCUUUGAUCUCGUGUCUUGUAUUUUCUUGCGAAGGUGAGGGAAGUGUGGUUUUAACUCUUUGUUGUGACUGAUGCCAUAAUUGAGCCCUUUCCCGCAAAAUAUAUUAGCCAGAGAUACUUAUGUUACGUUAAAAUGUUAAAAUAAAUCUAUGUUUACACUCACCAUAAUUUAAUAUCUCCAAGGCCAUUUAACCUUCGCUGUAGCAUCUCUUUUUGUUGCUUGUGUUCUGCUGAAUUUCUGAAAUAUCGUCAUGCGUACCAUUCUUCGCCGGCUAGCGGUUCAUCGGCAUAAAGGCAUGCAUAAUAAUAAUAAUAAUAAUAAUAAUAAUAAUAAUAAUAAUAAUAAUAAUAAUAAUAAUAAUAAUAAUAAUAAUAAUAAUAAUAAUAAUAAUAAUAAUAAUAAUAAUGAUUUAUUAUCAGUAUUUCCAUACAAUGGCUCUUCACCUGAUAAAACUACCACUAAUAUCUAAAGAAAUAGUAAGAAAGUUGUAAACCUAGACCUAAGCAUUACAAUUAAGUAGUGAGACAGCGUUGCUUUAAAAUAUUAAAAGUUUGUCUGGAGAAGUCUCUAUGAUCUGUGCAUGAUUUUAUAUCAGCUGGUAGAGAAUUAAAUAAUGAGGCUGAACAAUCUUGAAAGGUAUUAGAAACUAAAGGUAUAACUAAAUUGACUUUACUAUUAGCUAUAGUAAAUUAGUUCUCCUCUAUUCUUCGCGCCGCCCGAAACCCAGGGCCUGUUCGCAGGCUACUUUUAUAAUAAAUUAAUAAUCCAUAUAUUUCUUAGGUAAUGAAAGCUUACAGUAAUGAUUCCUCAAUGAAGAGAGUUGAUUUUGAGAGUUUCCAAGACGUGAAUGGCAAAGUGAAAGUAACACUCAAGAUGAUUUUCAAUGCUUCAAACACAGACCCAGCAGCGGGAUUGAGAUCCAGUAUGGCAGAUGGCAUGUUGGGACAGUAUGCUGUUGACCCGGC